AUUGGAAUUAUGAUAGAUUUAUUACCUAUAUAAAGACCAAAGGUGAUAUUGUAGAUCAACCGGGAAAAUUAUGGUCAUCAUCUCUUAAAAAAAUCUGCGAAGAUAAUCGAUUUCCUAUUAGAAGUCAAAGAAAGGCCAGGUUUCUUUUAAAUCAACGUGCAAAGGAUUCUAAGACCAAAAAAAAUGAACAUACUGUUGUAAACAAUCCAUAUGAAACACCUCGAACAUCAAGCUAUCUGGGUGAAUUGCCAUCAGUUUCGGUGAUAGUAUCUCCCCCAUCGAAAGGAUUAAGCAAAGUGUCUAUAAUGAAUAUUUGGGAUUGUUUACACAAGAGGUUAAAAGAUUUGCCAAAAUACAGGCAAGUUUAUUGUAACAUUUUUAACACAUCUAAAACCCAAUUUCGUAUAUAG